GGAGGUCAGCCGCUGUUUUUAUCGAUUUUGCGGGGGCGUCUGGAGACAAAUAUUUACCUCACGUGAUAGGCAAGUCCCCUUUCCAUUCGCCAAAAACUUAUUAGCUCUUGAAUCUACAAUGCACCCUCCCGCCGGAGUUAGAUCAUUUCCCCUGCAAGAUGGCCGCCGGUACCCUGACUUGGUGCCGGUUCAAAGAUGAAGCUUCCCAGCUUCUGAGACAUUCAGAACGAAUAAAGGACGGCUGGGAAUGGACAGAAGUCGAGGUAGAUCAGGCUGGUGGAAGUUUCCUGGUAAAAAAGGAUGUUGUACGUCCAACCAGCGAGAGAGUUUGUGUGAAAAAUUGCGUACCAUUAGAUGAUACCGAUGUGCUGGAUGUGGAAGGCAGCAUGGAAGAAGCUGACAUCAACACCGUACAGUGUGAAGUGAAAGAGACUCAGUACUACAGAUACCAGUACCAUGUACUAUACAGCACCAGCUACUGUGUACCUGUACUGUACUUUAUAGCAUCCAGACCAGAUGGUAGUCUGGCCUCCCUGGACGAGGUUUGGUCCAGUGUGCCUGCUAGCUUCCAGUCCAGACUCCAAGAUGACAGAUGGACCUUCCUCACUCAACAGGAGCAUCCUGUGUUGGGCUGUCCCAUGUUCCAGCUGCACCCCUGCCACACAGCCACCAUGAUGCAGCCACUUAUGCAGGAAACACAGGACGAGGAAAUGGGGAGCUAUCUGGUGAGCUGGCUGAGUACAGUAGGACCAGUGGUGGGACUCAACCUCCCCCUCAGCUAUGCACACAUCGGACAUGUGACAUGACAGCACAGGGAUACAAGAUGAAAGGACUCUGAUUCACUGUUUCUCUUAAUCAGAUACUGGGCUAGCCUUGGUCAAUCUCCAAGCAAAAGCGCUGCUGAUUUUCUGACAAGCAAACGUGUCCUUGUCAAAGGGUUGUGUGCAAGGGAAUCAGGAGAGUCUAAUUAUGUUACCACCAGUAUCUUCUGUUCUAACAUCUUGGAAAGUAUAAGUAGGCUUUAGGUCACCAACAUGGAGACUGCACUGAACCAAAGCCUGGCAGCUGGUCAUCUUAUCACCAGUGGUGAGGCAUGAUACCAAGAAAACAAAGUGUGUGACACGUGUUUAGAGGUAUUUGUAGAUUCUACUCUGCCUCAUGUUAAAGUUAUCAUCAUCAUCUUAUCCACUUUGCAGUGCUGGCACUGAGGUGGGCCUUUGUUCAAGUGUAUUGAGGUGCUCUUAAAAAUAAAAUGUAUAUGAAGGAUUAAAGUGUCCCUAGCAUU